AUGCUUCAAGAUUACUCAAGGUCCUGGUCAUUUUCCCAGCUAGAUGUGUGUGGUCAGCCUCCCUUGAACCCAAAGAUUGUAGGUGGUGGAAAUGCUGCUCCUGGUGCUUGGCCUUGGCAGGUCAGCAUUCAGUUCAGAGGUAGCCAUUUCUGUGGUGGCAGCCUGAUCAACAACAUGUGGGUCUUAUCAGCUGCUCACUGUUUCGAAAGUUAUGUCCUAAAGGAUUUGACAGUCAAUCUAGGCCUGGAAAAUCUGCGGGGGCCAAAUCCUGAACAGCAGCAAAGAAAUAUUGGAAGAAUAAUCAAUCACCCAAGCUAUAUCUCUGUAACUGACGGUAAUGACAUUACACUACUCCAGCUCACUAACCCGGUGACUUUUAACAACUAUGUCAUGCCGGUGUGCCUGGCAGCAACUCGCAGUGAUGUUCGCCCUGCAACGAAUGUCUGGGUGACAGGAUGGGGUGACAUUAGGCCUAAUGUGCCUCUGCCACCUCCACAAACCCUGCAAGAGGUGCUAGUGCCGACUGUCAGUAACAGUGACUGUGCAGAAGUUUACAGUGUCAUCACAAACAACAUGAUCUGCGCAGGUCUCGCUGAGGGGGGCAAGGACUCAUGCCAGGGUGAUUCUGGAGGUCCAAUGGUGGUCAAGUCCAAUGGAUAUUGGGUUCAGGUUGGGAUUGUGAGUUUUGGCACUGGCUGCGCUUUACCUAAUGUUCCUGGUGUAUACACCAGAGUGUCUCAGUACGAAGCCUGGAUUAGGAGCUGGAUCAGCAGCAACCAACCAGGAUUUGUUCCAGCCUCAAGUGGCAAUCAUGAUUCCCCCAACCUCUUCUUCCUGUUCCUUUCUUUCUCCAUCAUCCCCUUCUUCCUCUCCCUCUCUAUCUCCUAGUGAUGUUAAGGAACCAGAAAGAGUUUUUUCAAAAAAAGUUGUACUGUACUUCCAUG